UAUUGUUAUUGCCAUCGUCGUCGGUGCUGCUCCUGCCGUUAUUAGCAUUACACAUACUACUACUACUACUACUACUACUACUACUACUGCUGUUGCUACGUCUACCUUUCAAGCCACAAGUGCAGUUCUUACUUUCAUUCCUAUCUCCAAUAUCAGAAUCUCCAACUGAUUCUGCGAUGACAAACACUUGUUUUUAUUUUUUUAUUUUUCUUUCGGCAUCUUUUUUUGUUUGUUUUGGCGUUAAAACUGCCAAUUGUCUGAGCUGCCAUAGCGUUGCGUUGUGGUGUUCAUGCUGCACCUCAUUUCAUUACCUGAACCAUUAACACAUUCGUUAGCCGUUGUAAUUACUGUUUUAGUAAUUAUUUAUUAAUUGACUCCAUACCAUUUCUUUUACUUAUUUAUUUUUUCCUUUUGUUUCUUUCCAUUUUUUUUUUGUCUUUUACUAGUCCUGAAAUUUUUUUGACAUUUUGAUUUACAUCUAUCUACCAUAUUCCAUUAAUUCCUUCAAUUAUUGUUGUUGUUCUUGUUAUUAUUGUUCCCACAUUAUUUCAUUUAUUUUAUAUUUUUUGUUCUUUUCCAUUUCCUACAUAUAAAAAAAAAACCUUUUUUUUUUGGUUUUUGUUUGCCGGCAUUUACUCUACAUCCUAUCUAUUGAAAACAAUUUUAUGCGUGUUUUUUUCUUUAUUUUUCCAUUUUUUCUCAUCGCCACACAAACAGACGCAAAAUCUUAGAAUUCUGCGCGUUGUGAGGCAGGAACAAUGUCGAAAAAGUCGAUAAAAGGAGCCUACCCUCUUGAAAAUUAUGGCACUAUCUCGGGAGAUUCUGACGAUAAAGUCAGGAUUUUGGAUUCACCUGAAGAGGAAUCUGAAAAUGUAGAAGCGACUGUGAUUAAUGUACAACAUGCAAGGGGAAAUCUUGAUAACUCAUGCUUCUUCAACGAUGGAAUUAGUAAAGUUGAUUUUGUCCUGGUGUAUACUGAGAAGACAGACAAACCAAACUCAAAUGAUAACAAGAUGAAGGCAUUCAGAAAGAAAUUCAAGUCUAACCUCAUCAAAACUGGACUACUCUUAGAAGAAGAAAUCAUUAAAAGUGAGAAGAAAGACAUGCAUCACAUCAAGAUACAUGCCCCUUGGGAAGUAUUGUGUUACUACGCUGAAGAUCUGAGCUUUCGAGCACCUCUACAGAAGUAUGGCAAGGAGGCAAAUGCCAUUUCACUGUGUUGCCAUUUCAUGGUGUUACCAUUUCACUGCAUUAUGAUUUCGCUGUAUUACCAUUUCACUGUAUUACCAUUUCACUGUGUUACUAUUUCACUGUUCCUGGGAAGUGAUGACCACCUCAACUUCUUCACUAGCACCCAGCGCAGUGCGGCUGUCUGGGAGAUUCUCUCCACCACCGUUUAUGGUCGGCGAAAAAAGGCAGAAAUCGGCAUUGAGAGAAUGAUUGAUGAGAAGAUUAUCUCCGACGCAUUCCCCUUGCACGAUGGGCCUUACCAUAUGCCACCAGAACCCUACAACCCUGAAAAUCUAAACAUGAGACAGAUCCUGUACAAGUACUGGGCACGCUGGGGUUGCUGGUAUAAAUAUCAACCCCUUGACCACAUACGAUAUUAUUUUGGGGAAAAAGUCGCCAUUUAUUUUGCGUGGUUGGGUUUCUACACUGGAUGGCUCUUACCAGCUGCUGUUGUUGGAUUACUGGUAUUUCUUUCGGGGGCUUUCAAUAUCAGCGCAAACCCCAUCGCUAAACACAUCUGUGAGAGCGGCAAAGAUUACAAAAUGUGUCCCGUCUGUGAUGAAGACAUCGGGUGCGAAUUUUGGUACCUUUCAGACAUUUGUAUCUACUCAGAGAUCUCGUAUUUAUUCGAUCAUCCUGGGACAGUAUUUUAUGCUGUUUUUGUCUCAUUCUGGGCCAUUUCCUUCUUGGAAUACUGGAAACGGAAAAAUGUCAACUUAGCUCAUCAUUGGGAUGUUCUUGGAUUUGAAGAGGAAGAGGAACGACCUCGUCCUGCAUAUGCAGCCAAAGCCACUGAAAUGGAAACCAAUCCAAUAACUGGUAUCAAAGAACCAUAUUUCCCACCCAAGAAACGGAUUCCUCGAAUUCUUUCUGGAAUGGUCAUCAUUGUAUUAAUGAUCUGUUUGGUCCUCGUCUUCAUCAUUGCUGUUAUCAUGUACCGUGUGUUAGUCAGUAUCCCACUAUUCAAGAACGAAGAUCUCCGGCCCAGGGCUGCCAUCAUAGCCAGUACAUCAGCUGCCAUCGUCAACUUGAUAUUCAUUAUGUUACUAGGCAAGGUCUACGAGAGGCUGGCAUUCAGUUUGACUCAGUGGGAAAUGCAUCGGACACAGACAGACUUCGAAGACCAGUUGAUAUUCAAGGUGUUUCUUUUCCAAUUUGUGAAUUUCUAUUCUUCGAUUUUCUACAUCGCUUUCUUUAAAGGAAGAUUUGUUGGUUAUCCUGGACAUUACAAGAGAUUUUUUGGAUUGAGACAGGAAGAAGUAAGUUCCGUUACGCAUUCAUGGAAUGUCAUUUCUAUUAUUUUCUUUUCAUUUAUUAUUUUUGUUACUUUUGUUGUUUAUUUUUACUUGUUUCAGUCACUGUGUUGUGACCAUGUUGGAGCACCUCCAAGAAUAAAAACUCGCCUCCACAGAUUCAAAAUUCGAACGAAGGGUUCCAAUAUAAAUCUCGAGAAAACCGGUGACUUCAGCCUCAUUCGGCAUGAAGGGCUGUUUGAUGAGUACCUGGAAAUGAGUACGGCAUUCCUGAUUGCGUUCACGUCUGAAUUCCUUCCGAAAAUGCUCUACCAGUACACUCAUAGCUAUGAUCUGGAGGGAUACACCAACUUCACUUUAGCAUAUUCUCCAAAUGGAACUUUAUCUGAAGAAUGCAGAUAUUUUGCAUUCCGGGGCAAAGAAGGCCAUUAUACGAUAUUCUUCUGGAGACUUCUAGCUUCACGGUUAUCAUUUGUAAUUAUAUUUGAACACAUAGUAUUCAGCACAUUUAAACUCAUUGAUUUUGCGGUACCGGAUGUACCAGAAAGUCUGGAACAGAAGAUCAAGAGAGAACGGUACCUUGCGAAGCAGGCGCUAGCAGACACUGAUGCAUUGUUUAAGUUUACAAACAGAGAUGAAGAAGAUGGCAUGGAACAAACACCAACAGGAGCCGCGUCCACAAACAAAGCUUUGUAACUGCCACUACAUACUUUUGCUACAAAUAUCUUUAUUUUAAUACACCAAGAUACACACACACACACACACACACACGCAAUCAAAGACUGGAAUUUAUGGUGUUGUCUCUAAUUCUUCAAUUAUGGUCAUUUUCUCCACAGAACAUGGGAAAUACAUUUCUUGAAUAUAAAUAUUGAUUUUUAAUAUGAAUAGAAAUAAAUUCAUAAUAUUAUAAUAAUAUAUUUUUAUUGCUGUAAACCAUGUGAAUUUCUUCAAAAGUAACGAAAAUAAUUAAUAUAUAUAUAUGUCUGUCUGUAUGUCUGUAUGUAUGUAUGUAUGUAUGGUUCUAAGUAUGUAUAUAACACUUGUUUCUUGCUCAAAUUUUCCAUUUAUUAUAUCAUUCUUUAUCAUUAUUAUUAUUAUUAUUAUUAUUAUUAUUAUUGUUGUUGUUGUUGUUGUUGUUAUUGAAUGAGAGAGCAAUAUAUACCACCAAAGUGACACUGGGGUGCAAAUAUAUGAAACCCAGUACAUGACUACCCGUCUGAUAAGGGUACACCAGGCACAUGCAUCGUAACCACAUGUGCACAACAUGGUGAUCUCAUAGCAAGAUAAACGGCACAUGACCUUGCAGGUGGGUGCCCAGUUAGAAUUUCCUUCAAGUUGAGUAGCCCCUUCUGCUCAAAAGGUCCCUGAAUAAGGUUUGGUUAAGGAUGAUGAACAAAACACCUAUGUUUCCAGGAGUGAAUUAUUCCAACCACAAAGAAUUCCUCUCAUUAUUAUUAUUAUUAUUAUUAUUAUUAUUAUUAUUAUUAUUAUUAUUAUUAUUAUUAUUAUCAUUAUUAUUAUUUAAUACAUUGCACAGUAUACAAUAUCAUGAAGUUGUUGAUUGAAGAUAUUGUGCCUACCGGGGGUUUGUACUCUUUGUCAAGUCACAAGAAGGACCUCAAUAUGCGUGCAAUUCCAAGUAAUGCUGACAUUUGCAAUACAUCUAGAUUCCAGAUGUUUCUUUAGGUUGGGCGGUAUUAUUUUUUUAUGAUUAUUAUUAUUAUUAUUAUUAUUAUUAUUAUUAUUAUUAAGGCAGCGAGCUGGCAGAAUCGUCAGAACACCAGGCAAAAUGCUUAUCGAUAUUUCGCCUAUCAUUACAUUCUGUGUUCAAAUUCCACCAAGGUCGACUUUGCCUUUCAUCCUUUUGGGGUUGAUUAAAUAAGUACCAGUUUACCAGUUAUAUACUGGAGUGAAUGUAUUCGGCUAUCUCCUUCCCCCCCCCCCAAAUUUCAGGCCUUGUGCCUUCAGUACAAAGGAUUAUUAUUAUUAUUAUUAUUAUAAACAUUUAACAUUUCACUUUGAAAUUAUUUAUUUAUAUAAACAUUAUUCUUUCUUUCUUUCUUUCUUUCUUUCUUCUUCUUCUUCUUUCCAACCUUCCAACCCACAUCAGCUGGUCUGUGCAUCUGUGUAUGUGUGUGUGUGUGUGCACGUGUGUGUGCACACCUCUGGGCCCUCUCGUGCACACUUCCCUCCAUCCAUCCCUCCUAUGCUCACUCACUCACUCUCUCAUACUCUCUCACACAUACACACACAUGGACACAUGUACGCACACACACACACAUACAUAUGUUAUUUUCAAAUUUGUUUUCCGAUUCCAACUUUGACCAUUCUUUGCCAUAUUCCAAAUGGCAGAAAUUCUUAUACAGUCCUUGCAGCAGCUAUUCACUCCAGCACAGCAGAACCACAGCAUCCUUCAUGAAUACACGCACAUGCACACACACACACACACACAUUUAUACAUAUACACUCAAAACACAUGCAUGCAGAAACAUACACACAUGCACACAC